GAUCGAUCUUCCUUCCUCCCCAGUACACCUCCGUUUCUUGUUCUCGUCCUUCCCUCAUUUCUGCCCAAUAAUGGCCGCCCACAGUCUUCCCGUCCCUCCCACCAACGCUGGUGGCAACCCUCCUCGCUGGACCCAGCCUGUUUCCUUCUAUGGCCAGAGCGUCUUCAGCAAGUACUAUGCCCACUCCAUCUGCGCUUUCUUGCUCCUGAUUCCCUUCCUGGUCAUGCCCGUUCAGUCGCAGGCGACCCAAGGCCCCAUUGGAGGACAGUCGUGCGUCACCACCUACGAUCCCACCGUCAACUAUUUCCCCAACCCGAUCACUGUCGAUGAUGCUGCCCUUUUCAGUGUCCGUUACGAAAAGAACUACAAGGUCGUAACGAAUACUGCCGUGGGUGUGAACCAGUCCUUUGUUCUCACCCAGUGCGGAACCCCUGCCCCCAACGCCUCUCUCUUCUCCAACACCACGGUUUUUGUCAACGUGCCCGUCUCGAACUUAGCUUCGCUCGCCACCACCGCCGUUGCCUACAUUGAGAUGCUCGGCAGGCGCUCCGCCAUCAAGGCAGUUGACACUGAGGGGCUGGUUAGCUCGCCAUGCGUUCAGUACGGUCUGAACCAUAGCGAGAUUAUUGGCCUCGAGGACAAGAACCAGACGCUGCGCGCUGAGCAGCUCGGCAAAGUCGACGUCAUCUUCAGUUCGUUCGGUUCCGAGGUCGGUUCCGAGAACAAGACCGUCGUUACCUCGGAGGUAUCGGAUCCCGGCCCAUUGAACCGUGCAGAGUGGCUCGAGUUCUACUCGACCUUCUUCAAUUUGGAAGAGGCUGCACAGAACCUGACUUCGACGAUCAACAACAACUACAACUGCUUCAAGAAGGCUGCCAACGCCAAGACCACCAAGCCCGUUAUCGCCUGGGCCUCCUAUGUUGCCCCGUCCUCGUACAACAACAAUACCGCUUCAUGGGGCGUCUCUGGUGCUGCCUACAAGAAGAUCCUCUCGGAAGAUGCGGGCGCCACCUUCUUCAAUGGCACCACCACCGGCACUUUCACGACUGCCGCUGCCUUCGCAGAUGCUCUCAAGGAUGUCGACGUCCUCAUCGACGAGACCUUCACCGGCAAUGAUAUCAACGCCUUCUACCAGAGCUACGGUCUCUCGGCCAGCUCGCCCCACAAGUUCAUCCAGAAUAAGGCCAUCUUCCGCGAGGACGGUAUCAUCAACCCCAACGAUGGCCGUGAUUGGUUCUCGGGUGCCGUUGUUAUGGACGAUGCUGUGCUCCAGGAUGUUGUCCGCGCUGUCCACCCCGAUGCUCUGCCUGCCAAUGUCCCCUACAAUUGGCUUCGCAAUAUUGCCAAGGGCGAGACCAUGCAAACCUUGACCAGCGCCAACUGCACCAACCCCGACUCGAACGCCCCUAUCCCUGACCGCGCCAUUGUCUGCUCGACCAUGAAGGUUGGCGGUAGUGGAAGCGGCGGCAAUGCUGGGUCCAAGACCGUUGCUGGCGCUUUGACUGUCGUGUUGUCUCUCCUUGCCGCUGCCAUUGCCCUCUAAGGAGGUUGCGGGAAACACAUUGGGUCUAUCCAUCUACCUCUGGUUUCUUUCUAUGCAGUCGCGAUGAUUAUUAUUUUUCUUACUCAGCAAUGCUGUCUCUUCAUUAAUUCCAGCUGUGCUGAGAUGAAGGGCAAUCAUUGAAGAUGUCGAGCGAAAUAUGAGGCACUGCUGAAGAUAAUGGCUAUAUUAUUAUUCAUUAAUAAAUCGACCCUAGUAAACUA